AUGUUGAGCCCGACAUUUGUUCUGUGGGAAAUUGGAUAUCCCUUAUACACUUAUGGCUCCAUCAUCAUUAUUGCAUUAAUUAUUUGGCAAGCAAAAAAGAACCACCAAGAAUUGAAGUUGGGACCUAACAAGAGCCAUUGCCGGCAUCAACGGAGAGUCAAACAAAGGGCUAAAGAUAGAACAUCAAGAGCUCGGAGACUUUCCCGGAAAGAAGCUGAGAAGCCAUGGGAGCUCCUGUCUUUCAUGAAAAGCCAGGGCUGGUUUCCUCAGGAGGGAAGUGUGCGGAGGCUCCUGUGUGCAGACCCCUCCUGCCCCAUCUGCAAUGCUGUGGCUCUGGAGAUCAAGCAGUGGCUGGCUAGUGAGAACACCCCAGUCUCUCCUUCUUCAUCAGGGCCAUCCCAGGAUUCCUCUUGCCUAGAAAUUUUGUCCAAGUCUAGUUUGUCUCUUGAUCGGAGUCAGGGUUCCCAGCACAACAAAGAACUUUCACAUCCAUCUGCAACCCCCUCAGUGUCACAACGAAUGAAUCAGAAAUCCUUAACCCAGUCAGCUUCCCAGCCAACAGGUACAGUCAGCAUCCAAGACUACUGGGCUGACCACCAGCUAAAGCAGGGAUAUCAAGCACCAGAUGUGUCCUGGGAUGCAGAUGCUCUGUCUUCUUCAAGCCUUGAGGAGCACAGGAUUCCUGUGAACCAGCAGGACAAGAACAGCAACACCCAAUGCCUCUGGGAGAAACAAGAAGCUGCAGAUGUUGGCUUGGAAAAUAAGAGGAAGCAUGUUCCACACUGGAUUAGCCCCAAGGUGAAAGGUGAAGGGCAUAAAGAAUCCAUUCUCUCUAAGGAGGAAACACUGGUCAAAACCACGACACAAAAGGUUGAGAAGAGUCCACCCUCCACCAAAGGCCCCGUGAAACUAGCUAAGUUGGAGAAGACAACAGAGGACAAGGGCAUCACUUUCUUUGAUGCCCACCAAUGCCUAGACAAUGAAGUCCAGCAACACCAGCCCAGGCGCUCCUUGUUCCAAUGCUUUUCCCACAACAGCUCUAAGCACUGUCCUCAACAGACUGGUGCCACUCAACAAAAAACCUCAACUCUCACCUCAGCAGGAGGCGCUGGCCUAAACAAGGAGAAUACCCAUUCCAGAAAAAAGGAAUUCUGA